GCUAGGUAACAUUUGUUUGGUGCUGUGAGGCCUGUUUGAGAAACUAACGGUAGCGUUUGUUUUUCAUGCAAAAGUGGUCAUAUCGUAACACGUUUCAGGAGAAAGAGAUUGGAUUUUGUUUUCAGCCAUGGCUCUUGAAACGCAUGCUGUUCCUCAGCUUGAACUAGAAGCUGUCAUUGGAUUCAACGGACACGUGAUUUCUGGCCUGAGAGUUCACCCAGACAAAGAGCACCUCAUCUAUCCUCUGGGAUGCACAGUCGUUCUGAAGAGAAUCGAAGAUGGGAAGCCGGAGUUCCUGCAUGGACACACAAACAAUGUAUCCUGCAUUUCAGUGUCCAAAAAUGGAUUAUAUAUUGCCUCUGGACAGGUCAACUUCAUGGGUUUUAAGGCUGUGAUAAUUAUCUGGGACUAUGCAGAGCGAACAAUCUAUGCCCAGCUAUUGCUCCACAAGGCUAAGGUAGAGGCACUGGCCUUCUCUCCCAACAACAAGUACCUGGUGUCCCUUGGGGGUCAGGAUGAUGGCAGCAUAGUAGUAUGGAAUAUUGAGACCAAGGAGGCCAUCUGCGGCAGCCCAGCUUCACCUCACAGUGCCGGACACUGCCUCACUGUGCAGUACUCAAACACAAAUGACAAUAUCUUUGUUUCUGCUGGGAAUGGAACAUUGCGAAUGUGGGAGCUAGACCUCCCCAACAGGAAGGUCCGACCCACAGAGUGUCAGACCGGGAAACUGAAGAGGAUUGUGAACUGUAUAGAGAUUUCAGAGAAUGAUCAGUUCAUUUUCUGUGGCACCACCAGUGGAGACAUAAUGAAAAUCAACCUGAAGACGGGACUCCUGAGUGACUAUGGUCCAGUUAAACCAAAAAAAAAAGGUGUCAGUGUUUUAAAGAUGCUGAAGAAUGGGAAUCUGCUUGUAGGCUCUGGAUCUGGUACCUUCACUGUGUGUUCCACAACUAACUUCAAAACUCUUAAGAAAGUCCAGCUGGAGAAGGGGGUGACGUCCAUUGAUAUAAGAGGAGAGGGUCAGCAGUUCUUUGUCGGGACAGAGGCUGCCCAGAUGUACCGCUUCAGUUAUCAGGACUUCAAAGCUGAACUCAUUUCUUCUAGUCACAGCAGUGCUGUCAAUGAUGUAGCCAUCUCUUUUGGAACAUCAGAAUUAUUUGCAACCUGCUCUGGGGAGGACAUCAGGGUGUGGCACAUUGACAAGCCCAAAGAACUACUGCGCAUCACUGUACCCAACAUGACCUGCAAUUCCCUGGACUUCAUGGUUGAUGGACAUAGCAUCAUCAGUGCAUGGAAUGAUGACAAGAUUCGUGUGUUUGCACCGGAAAGUGGCCAGCUCCUUCUCACCAUCGAUAACGCUCACAGAGUGGGUGUGACAGCCAUCGCUGGCACCAGGGACUGCAAGAGGAUCAUCAGUGGAGGUGGAGAGGGACAGGUGCGUGUUUGGGAGCUGCAGCCAAGCGGCCAUCGGCUGCUGGAGACCAUGAAGGAGCACAAAGCCACUGUCAACUGUAUCAAAAUCAAGAGUGAUGACAAAGAGUGUGUCACUGCCAGCUCUGAUGGUGCCUGCAUCAUCUGGGACAUAGUGCGGUUUGUGAGUCUUCAAAUGGUGAUUGCCAACACCCUGUUCCGGACGGUGUGCUACCACCCAGAGGAAUAUCAGAUCAUUACCAGUGGCACCAACAGAAAGGUUGCCUACUGGGACGUGUAUGACGGAUCUGCCAUCAGAGAACUGGAGGGCUCGCAGUCUGGGGCCAUCAAUGGCAUGCACAUUUCCCAGGAUGGCAAACACUUUGUGACAGGUGGAGAUGACAAGCUAGUGAAGGUGUGGGAUUACAUGGAAGGUGUAGUAACCCACAUAGGGAUAGCACACGGUGGCAGUAUCACCAGCAUCAAGAUCUGCUCCAACAACUGCACCCUAAUCAGCACCAGUGCAGAUGGAGCCAUUGUCCGGUGGAGGUUCCCUCACCCUUUGUCCUCCUAAUGUGAUGUCUCUUGAAAUUAGGAGCUUCAGAAACUUUUAACCCAACACCACCACACUCAGAUUUAUCCAAAAUUCACCCUUAAUCUUUGCCCUGAUUUAACUAAUGUUCCCAGGAAGAUUCAACAUUCUUAGAUUAACACUGCAGAAUGUAUUUGUAUGUACUUGGGUUAAGUAACUAUGACUGUAUACAGUUGGUUCUUUUAAGCAAGAUACAUUAUAUAUGGAAGUGAAAAGAUCAUAGCUCUUAAGCAAUGUAGUCUCCCAUGUGCUCAUUCCCCACAGAACCUGAAGAGACUUCAAGGUACAAGAACUUAUGUAUUUUUCACAUACAUAAACUAUCUCAAUGUGAUAAAAUUCAUAAUAUGUAAAAGCAUGGCUAUGUUAUGCAGUACAUUACAUGCAUAUUUUACCGAUAUACGAUCCCUGUGCUACUGGACAAACAAGGAGGAUACCCAGAUUCUUUGUCGCUUAACCACACAGCUGCUUUCAGCUCAUCUAUCAAUAGUGAUUCCCUGAAGGAUACUGGAACAGAAAGCCUCUCUGACUUUCUCUAAUUUGAACCCAUUCUCCUCACUCUUCUUCCAAAUGGAUAUUGUAAAUAAUUAAUAACUCACCCCUGCUUGAAAGUAAAAGAACAAACCUGCAGUAUAAACCAUGUCAGUAAAAACUUCCCUGGAUUAGUAAAAUGGGGUCUUUUCCCUUUUCUACCCAGCUUAUGAAGUGAGGACAACAACAGUAUGAGUGAAAAGAAGAAGAAACACACAGAGCCACAGUUUGACAACGAAUGCAUUUCUUAUUGAUGGUGUGUCAUGUUGUUUCUUAACAACGCUGGAAUAAGAGGAUCAAGGAAAUUCUGGAACCUUUGGAUGGUUCAACAACUUGGCACAUCUGGCCUACUAAAUUCAAUGUUUAGUACUGGUGAGCUGUGAAAUGAAGCUUCAGAUGAUGAGAAUGUGAAUAUAGCACAAAAGAUGCUGGAUCCCCAUUGAAAAGCACAUAAUGUGUCUGGCCAAAUCCUUCUUAACAUCCAUUUUACCGUGAGGAGCUUCCAGGGUGUAGCAGCAGUAGCAGCAUUAAUGUGAGCGGAGACAAAAGCCAGGCUAUUUACAUCUUUUUGUAAAUGUGAGUGUUUUAUAGCAAGUCUGGACAAUAUGUUUAGCAGAAAUAGGAAUGUACUUAUCAGUAAACAGGACCCUAAAAUUCAUUCCUUGGGACUGUUUAUGUAGAUACAUUUAGAACUUGUCUUUUAGGUGGUCGUGGAGACGUUUGGGGAUCAUUGUUCACACUGUAUUCAGUGAGUCCAUACUCUUAUUAUCAACUGAUAUCUAAAAAAUUCCACUGUUUUCUUUGACACCCUCUGAACAUGAUAAGGCAGGUGAUGUUCUAAUUGGUCCUACAGGGGGCAGUUUGAGGCUACUUGCUUGCACCUUUUAAAGCCAACUUCCUUAUUCCCGGUGUAAUAAACAAGACGUAAGGUUUUAUGCUCUUUGCCAAUGCAGCAACAGCGGGUUACUGUCUGAAAAGACCUUUCUGUUCACUGUGU